AUGGGAUGCUCGGCGUCGGUCAAGUUCGCGGACCUGAAGAGAGACUCUCUCCCCGAACCCGAGGCGCCGCUCCCGCCCGACCCCAGACUCCCGCUCGAUCCCUGGCAGAAAUUCUACCUGGAGAAGUCGUGGAAAACCGUGGCCAGGAACAUAGACAAGGCCGGGAUGAUCAUGUUUGUGAAGUUACUGCACGACUACCCAGAGGUCCAGCAGAAGUGGCCCCAGCUAAGACACCUGACAGACGAUGAAAAGAUGGAGAGACCGUUUCUGGAGGCUGUGCGCGCCUGCCUGGAGGACAGGUUCACCUACAAGUACGAGGAGAUCUACAGCAAAUUCAUCAUCUUCAUCAUCGAGACUGUCGUCAUAGGGUUCGAUCCCCACUGACAUCUAUCAUCCAAUAAAGGCCCUUUUUGAUGCUGGUGUUCAAG